AUGGAUGACAACAUUCCUAUAGCUUCAGCGCACCUGAUUGCCAGUCAGAGACAGAGGCGUUCCAGGCGUUCCACCAACACGCCUCUGGUCUCGGUACGAAUGCUAGAUGAAAUUGAACUUGAAAUUGAAAGUGGUGGACUGGAAGAAGAAGACUUGCCCUCAAAAGGUUUGCACAAUCAUCAACCACCAGCCGUUACCAACAAGUUUGGCACUGCCACACAUCAACUACAAGAAGUUCAAGUCGUUGCUAGAGGAGCCGUAUCGGAGAAGGUAGCCAGGCAUGGACUCAAAAAUCCAAUUCAAGAAGUUAGAGUGGCAGCCAGAGGAGCCAUCUCCGAAAAGCUAGCCAAGCAUGGACUCAGAAGACCAAACCAUUCUCAAGAACAAUCUGACAGUGAUGCUGUUGUUGAUGCUGCCAAGUCCACGGCAGAGGAAAACGAAAAAAGAUCAAACCAUUCUCGAACAUCAAACCAUUCUCAAGAACCAUCGGAUGCCAAACCAGUACCUACUCUGACAUCGAUGCCACCAGAGCAUGAUUCGGAAUGGCAAGAUGAGAUGGACAAUGAACCACCACCGCCGCCGCCAACAGAAGCUUCUUUGACGCAGACCACUGACGCCAACAACAAAAACAACAGCACCCCUGCUGGUGGGAGACGGCUCUGGGCCAUUAUUGUUAUUGUUUUUGCACUGGCAGCAGUAGCAAUUACAGGAAUUCUUUGUGUAUCUGGAGUUUACUUUGACAUUUCCCCCAUCACCGCAACCAACAGUUCUUCGUCCCUCAGCAUGGGAAUCCUCCAGUCCAUCUGCUCAGUCGAGUAA